AUGCAAACGAGCCUCCCAGAUCUCCCCUUUCGAGAUUACGCAGACGCAGCCCUCGACGAAUCUGGUAUCUAUAGCACUGCUCAAUGUGGUCGACGGCGCCAUCCUAGGACAGAUCUUAAGGCUCUCACACCAUGGACCUCCUUCCCCAAUGACAUUCACAAUGCCAUCUUAGCAAUCCCUCACGCACGCACCCCCUUUCACAUUGAUGGUCCGACAUCGGACGCUUUUGUUGACAGUGAAUUGACGAUCCAUCAUCAUGCAUUGGACACAUUACUUCGACCGGCUGCAAAUGUGUUGAUGAGGUUGGGGGUGAAUGGACGUUUCGCCCAGCCAGGUGGCGGGAAUAGUGCAAUUGUUGGAGAUCCAGAUUUCUCGUGGAUCACGUCUUCUGCAUCACAGCCGCACCCGAAACUUACUGUUGAGUACAAACCUUGGUGGGCUGUGGACCUGCUGAAUCUUGUCACUGCCUUUGAUAAAAAGCUUGAUGAUGCCCUCAGCAAACAAUCCUUGCAUGCUCUCCAUCAGACCUAUGGGUAUAUGACCUUCAACAAUAACAGGUUUGGAAUCCUUACCAAUUGGAGGCAUGCCUUGUUCCUGCGUCGUGCUGAAACACAAAAAGGCAAGACUCUCCAGUACUAUCUUGUUGAACUAGACAGAGCUGGCCAACCUAUCUCAAUGCUGAAAGCAUUAGUUGGCAUGGUGUUGCUUGCAGAGGACGACUGGUUCUGUUCGCCCCCUACCCUAGCCUCUGACCCUCCAGGACAAACCUUUGGAAAAUCAGGGACUGCUUGGAAUGACAGGAAGGUUGGUGCUAAAAAAUACCAUAUGCAACCUGUCAAUGGUGCAUACCAGUGUUUUGCUAUUGACUUUCGCUUGUGUCAUUUUGACAUCAGCUCCGCUCGCCACAGUGGAGAAAAUGGUUGUGUAGUAACUGCACAACUUUUACCACCAUCUGUUGGGCAACAUGUCCUCCAUGCUGUCUGCAAAGUUGUUGAUGCCUUCCACAAUCCUGAUGCUGCAACUUCACUAUAUGAUGAAGCCGGUGCCUACGCUGCUCUGCAAGAUCUCCAAGGCAAAGUGAUACCCAGACUGUAUGGCUUCUAUGAAGUUUGGGGAAUUCUGCAGUUUCUCGCCCUAGAACCUGUUGGUAAUGCCAUCUCUGAAAAUGAACAAAUCAACCCGACACUUGGCACAAAUAUGAAGGCGGCUCUCAAAUGCAUUCACGACGCUGGCUAUAUCCACGGCGAUAUCGCGCGUCGUAACUUUUGUAUAACCGGUAACGGCAAGGUCUUCUUGGUGGACUUGGAGACAUGUCGACCUUUUGGGAACCCAUCUGAGCCAGAUGAUGAGAUGGAUGAGGUAGACAGAUUGUAG